GCCGCCAGCUCGCCAGGCUCUGCGCUGUCGCCGAGCGAUCAUUAUCCUCCCGUCACAGCCCUUCCUGCUGCUAUGGAGGAGAGGUCGAUUACCGAGUACCUCAGUUCCUAUUCGAAUGUGAACAGCCCCGACAGUCCGGACGACGGGGUUCAGCACCGCAAUGGUCAUCAAGUGGAGCGCACCAUCGACCCGGAGGACGUGGAAGCAGAGGUUUUCGACUGGGUGCUUACCCACCUCGAGCCCAGACAAUGGCCCUUGAGUCUGAGCACUGUCUUGGCAAAGACCGUGGCACACCAGAUGAACACAUCCCUGAAGCUGAAGGCUGGGGGCUACACAGAUGAAGACUUGGCCGUUGGCAGACUUCGAGCAGCUGCAUUGGAGGCACUGGCUGAGCAAUGUGCCCUCUGGAGAGAACAACCUGAACUGGCUCAAGAACUGCCCCACACGCCUGCAGCAUCCCUUCCCGUUUCAGCGCAUGGAGUGCGCAACAACAGGCGCAAGAUGGAGGAUCGCCACCUGGCACUCCCAGACCUCAACUUUGCACUAGGACUACAGGGCCUUCCACAGUGCAGUUACUAUGCAGUUUUUGACGGUCAUGCUGGUGUGGAGGCAGCUGACUACGCUACUGCACACCUUCACCGCAACAUAGCUGCACAGCCAGACUUUGUAACCGACCCAGUGAAUGCUGUACGGGAAGGCUUCCUCCUGACAGACCGAAACUUCCUACAGCGGUCUUCGAAAGAGGGCCUCAAGAGUGGCUGCACGGCUGUCUGCUGCCUUGUGCGUGAGCAGCGACAACUUGUUGUAGGCUGGCUGGGUGACUCGCAAGCCAUCCUAGUCAGGAAAGGCGUCCCCAUGUCCUUGGUCAACCCUCACAAGCCUGAGAGAGAGGACGAAAGAAAGAGGAUAGAAGAACUAGGAGGAAUGGUCCUGCUGAUGGGCAUAUGGAGAGUAAACGGCACACUUGGCGUUUCUAGAGCCAUCGGAGACGCCGAGCAUAAGCCUUAUGUGACCAGCGAACCAGAUGUGAUCAGCAUGGACCUUGAUGGCACAGAAGACUUCCUCGUCUUGGGUUGUGAUGGGCUCUGGGACCAACUGAGCCCUCAAGAGGUGGCUGCAAGGGUGUACCACGCAGUUCUUGACGACCCCGAGAGUGCACCCUACGUGUCCCACACGCUCGUGCAGGGAGCUCGAGACCUUGGCUCAUCCGACAACAUCACAGCAGUGGUUGUCUUUCUGCGUGAUCCUCGUGACUUUGACGCUUCAGUUAUAGACAUUGCGAGCCUGGUCCCAGAGAAAACUGCUGCGAGCGAGCUUCCUACACCGCCCAUUGAAGACGCGAAAGAGGCCUUCAAUUCAAGCGAAUUUGAUGCUACCAAGUUUAACAGCAAUGGCUAUGGAGCCCACCUGUUCGAUGCUGAAGCUGUGAAUUCCCAUGCCUACGAGCAUGCCAACGAAAGUGACAUUCUUCAGGUGGCAUCUGAUGUGGUGCAAGGGACAAUCGAAACGGCACUGCACAGGGUCAACGAAGACGUCAUUACUGCCGGGCAAAUUGUCGAUCAAGUGCACCUUCUUCACACUGAAGAGAGUGGAAAGUUCCCAGAUUUGCCUGAGCAAUUUCACGGUGCUGUCCCUGCUGAUGGUGGUCUUGAGGACAAGUUUGAUCAGCCCGAUGGUAUCUCGCAUGCGGCUAAUGGAUACGGCGACAUGCCAGUGCACCCCGCUGUGCACCACAACCCAUUUGAUGACGAGGGCUACGGGCAUGACCUUGAGACAGCCGAUUGCCUUCAGAGCUCUGCAAUUGCAGCAGCACUCGAAGAAAGUGGCACUGAAAGUGCUGAACAGUUUUCUUCCUUUGUUGAAGGAGCCAAUGAGGCUAGCAACAGCCAACUCGAACUGCCUCAUGAACAGACUUUCUGUACAGCUCCAAAUCUGACACCACAAUACCAGUUUGAUGCUGGUUCAACUGACCAUGAAAUUGAGGCCAGGCAGCCUUCACCGAUUGGCCCAUGUGCGAUGCCUGAAGAUCUACUGCCUGUUGCUGCAGACAUUCCCGGUGCUCCUGUAGAGCCCGAGAUGUUGAGAGAGGCUGAGCUUCCGGAUGAAGGAGUGGAUUUUAGCACUCUUCCCGAGGAUGUCCAGGAGCUGGAGGCAGCAAAAGAGCAAGCUGUACCAUCGGUCGUUCAGGACGAAUGCCUUAGUGCAUUGCCCGAAGACCAACAGGAUUUCAAGCACGCACAUCUUGGCGAUGUGGCUUCUGUUGCAUUGCCAGAUGCCACUGAGCAAGUGGCUGCAGUGGUUGAUCCCAUUCUUGCAGUACAUGAUGCUACUACAUUGGAUGUCGAACAUCCAGAUAACAUCCACGGAGAAAUGCUGCAGCCCGAUAACAUCCACGGAGAAAUGCUGCAGCCCGAUAACAUCCACGGAGAAAUGGUGCAGCCCGAUAACAUCCACGGAGAAAUGGUGCAGCCCGAUAACAUCCACGGAGAAAUGGUGCAGCCCGAUAACAUCCACGGAGAAAUGGUGCAGCCCGAUAACAUCCACGGAGAAAUGGUGCAGCCCGAUAACAUCCACGGAGAAAUGGUGCAGCCCGAUAACAUCCACGGAGAAAUGGUGCAGCCCGAUAACAUCCACGGAGAAAUGGUGCAGCCCGAUAACAUCCACGGAGAAAUGGUGCAGCCCGAUAACAUCCACGGAGAAAUGGUGCAGCCCGAUAACAUCCACGGAGAAAUGGUGCAGCCCGAUAACAUCCACGGAGAAAUGGUGCAGUCCGAUAACAUCCACGGAGAAAUACAACAGCUUGACCACUGCUAUAGGGGAAGUGCAACAGUCCGAUCAAAUCCAAGGGGAAAUGCAAUCAAUGCAGCCAUUAGAGUCGCAGUAUGCCCCACUGAACACAUCAAGGAUGGCGCUGAUACUGAAGUAGUGGCGAGUGACCUUGGUUUUAAUCAGCCUCUCAGCAUCCAGUCGGACGACCUUGUGUCCAUUGACCUUAACAGCUCAGCCAUGCAGUCGCUUGCCGAGACAGGUGCACCUCCUCACACAGUAGAUAACGCAUUCGUUUCCGGGACUGCGCAAGAGCCUCGCGAGGAUAUGAGCAUGGGAUGUCAUGCUGAAAGUGAUGCCCGUCAUGAUCAGCCCAUCUGUGAAACACUAGAGAGCCUGGGCACAGAUGAUGCUGAUGACACCUCUUUGGGUGGUUCUGCAGAGUCCAUUGUUGAGAAAGUGGCUGCAGAACCUGUCCAGCAGGAGAGCGCUGUUAUCUUUUGUGAGCUCAAGGAAACUCCCCCUGGAGAGAGCGUUCUUGACCAACAGGUUGGUGAUGGUGAACAAAAAGUUGACAAUCUUGGCUACAACAUUCCUGUUGAGCAGCAAGAACAAGUACCCGUGCAAGCAUACGAUGUUGGGCCCCAAAUUGAAAGUUCUGUGCUUGGUGGCCAAGUUUCAGAGUCUUUCGUUGAAGAUUCUUUUACUAUUCCUACAACUGCUGAGCCCGAAGAACCCUCCUUGCUCUCUGCGGACACUAGACCGCAAGUUGAGCCCCAAGAACCUGCAGCCACUGCCAUAUCUCCAGUCACUGAUGUUGAAAAGCCUUGUGAACAGCCAGAUCAGCCUCUUCCUGAAGCAGUAGGGAGUGUGUGUCUCCAGCCACAGAGUCCUGUGAUUGAGAAGCUUUUGGAGCAGAACUCUGCCACACUUCAGGCAGUGCAGUGCAUGAGCGAGCAAGCAAAAGCCGCAGUUGACGAAACACCUGCUCCUGUUGUUGACAUUGGUGCUAUUCCAGAGAACAUUCCGGAGGCAGAUGGGGUCACGGAAGACUCUGACUCUGAGAAGGACAGUGGGUGGCGAUUUGUAAAACCUGCAGAGCCAUCUAUUUCACCAUCUGGGCUGCUAAAAGAAGCUAGUGCAACUUUGAGCCAGAGUUCUUGCACUGUUGAGGAGACCAUUCGUGGAGAACAGAAGGAAGCAGCCAUUUCUGAGCAAGUUGCAAGCCCUGCUGGAGACGGUGCCACUGAGCCAAAGGCAGAUGCACUGUCUGAUGUGAAGCAGGACUCAUUACCCGAAACAAAAGCUGAAGUUGCAGCCACACACACACAAGGCACAUUGCCUGAACAUAAGGCUAGCACACCAAAAGUUGCUGCCACAGCAAAGCCUUCUCCAGCUGCACAGAAAACAAAGCCAACUGCUAAAGCAUCACCCGCUCCCAAGCCAAGGACAUCUUCCACUGACAAACCUGCAACAAAGUCACUCGCUACAAAGACUGAAGCGUCUGCUAAGACUAUGCCCGCAGCAAAGUCUCCAAUGAAAAAACAGCCUGUUGCUGGCAAACCUGCAACCACAUCUUCAACACCAAAGCAGAGCAGCUCAGCAAACACUACUGCAAAGAAAGAAACGGGCCUGACCCGCAGACCUGAGCCUGCCAAACCCAAACCGUCUGCUUCUAUCGAUAUGCCAGCCAAGAAGCCACUUCCCGCAUCUUCUAGACCUGCUACUGGAACUACGAGGCCCACCUCUGCGACCUCGAAGCCAGUAGAAAAGAGCACAGCUCCAGCAACAAAGGCAAAGCCAGCAUCUGCAUCAGCCACAGCACCUCGCACAAGAACAUCCGUCGGAUCUGCAAUGACGCCUGCUAGCAAGACGGAAGUUGGAACAGCUGAAAAGAAACCUGCUCCAAAGCCGGCACCAACAAGGGCUCCCAUUUCCAGGACUGCACCUAGAACUACGCAGCCUGCCAGCAGCAGCAGCUCUGCUGCACCAAGAGUUGGAUCAAGUGCACCAGCAAGUCGCUCGGCUGCAGCAGCAACUUCAAGGCCAGCAACAUCGAGGGUUGGUAGCACCUCCACUGCUGCCAAGAAGACUAGCGAAGCCAGCCCCGCAGCUGCGAAAACGUCUGCUGCGAGAGUUCCAGCCACACGAGAGGCAAAGCUCAACAAAGAUAGCACCAACCAGCAGCUGGCUGGCACAAGACGAACAGAAACAACUCAAAGAACUGCUGCUGGCAGGACAGCUGCCACAUCAAAAACGGCUGCAACGGCUGCAACAAAAGCAACGGCAACGAGCAAGUAUUCGGCCGUUAGAGCCGUUCCCAAGGGUGGCGCUGCUGCUGCUGCUGCAAAGAAGGCCGCUGCUGCUGCUGCUGAAGCUGAAACCCAGAGCAAAGGAGAGUCGGCUGCCAACUGCAAUGGGACGCCAGAAGAGAAGGGCACCCUGGAACAGAAGGACAACAAGGAAACCUGUGCACCCGGCAGCGAGCCAGUCACCCUAAGCAAUGGCAGCCACCUGGAAUGCGACGAGAUCGCUAAACCUGCUGCCGUUGCAGACAUGCCUGAUGCCCCUGCUGUGGAUGUGUAGUUUCACUAUCUCGACUCUCUACUAGUCAUUCUGCUCUGUCCUGUGCUUUUUUUUUUUUUAAUCUUGAGAUGCGCAACAGUAUUUUUGACAGCUCCUUUUACAACGAAAAACGCGCAGGGACAAAAAAAAGCAUGCAUGCUACAGAAUUAUAGGUACAAGGUCACUCUCAGUACGGGAAGUCUUUGGUACUUGCGCACCUCUUUUUAUGCAUCUUUUCAUUUACACAUUUGAUAGGGUGCAGGUACUGACUGGUGCUUGUGCCAGGAUUUCUUUCUCCCCUGCCUAUUUUACCUAGCGUAGUUGUAUGCAUAGGCUGUCAUGCCCUGUUCUGAAGUUCGUAGUUUUCCUCUUUCUCUCUCGAUGGGAGAGAGAGAUUGUGCCCAGAUGCGAGUGAAUACCAAAGACUGCUCGGAUGCCUUGCAAGCUUCGUUUCUUUUACUCUCGCAAGCCCCUCACAGCAACCACGAAGUUGCGAAGGCAUUCAGGAAGCAGCAAGACAGACUCGCUUCUCGGGCCGGUGUUAUUUAUUUUUGCAUCAAGUGUCCUUAAUGGAAGAAACGGGAGGGGCUUGCCUUGUUUUAUGCUUGCGUGCUUGAUGACUCGAGGACUUGGUUGAAAUGCAAUGUGUUGAGCGAAAGGAACAAGGAGACAUUUUGAUGCAUUUACCCGGCCGCGGUGUUUCCCCACUGGCUUGUGGGUUGGUUUAAUCUGCAGUCGAACCUGAAUAUAACGAAGACAAGUCCAGCUGGAAAGCAUAGCUUUACCAAAUAUGCACGUGUACACAGAUAUUAGUGAAAAAAAUGUUUCCGGUGGUUCACCAAAUUUACAGCAUCGCGUGGCGAAAUAUGUAUAGAACAUAUAUUUCAAGCCAUGUAAAAGCAAGAUAUUUGAUUUGAUUUACUUGUGUCAGAUUUCGUUAUAUGAAGGUUCGGCUACAGUGAAAGCAAUGUUGCUUCUUUUGUUUUAAAUGCUUCUCUUCCAGUUACGAUUCAGCCUUCAGUCUUACUACCCAGCACUCGGUGCAGAUGCGUUACACAGUCCUCUACACAGAAGCUCCGCAGUUCUUUUUAGCAAUGUGUUCAGCUUGCAUGUUUUCUAUGCAACAUUUAUAAAUAAGGUGCACUGAAGUGUUCCGACCCAAUAAACUCUUUGAUAGUACUUUUUAAUGUGGGGAGUGUCCCUUGCCUGCAACUUCGGCAAUUUCAUAUGUUGUCUAUGACUUAUCUAUUUAAAGUAUGUACUGCAUCACCUUCUUUUAGGGACCUCUUUUUUUUUUCUGCGAUACUUUUUACACAUACUUUGCUGAAAUAAAAACAAUUUUAUGAAUA